AUGCCUGGGGUGCCAUCUAAUAAAGCUUGCGAGCGUUGCAAAAAGAGGCAUCUCAAGUGUGAUGAGACUCGCCCUCAUUGUCAGCGGUGCACCACCGCAGGGGUAGAAUGCCCAGGGUAUGUUCAAACCCGCAAAUUUAUCGAUCAAGGAGCCACAGUAAGGCGCCGCUAUGCUCCAUAUCAAGAACCUCAUACAAGGCCUGGCUCGUCAUUCAAUGCCCACGCAGAGCUGCCAUCAGACUCAACGCAGCCAAAAAGCUCACAAGUAGGACUCAGCGAGCAGGUUUUCCAAUGGAAUCAACCUCAAGAACAAGAUAAUCCCGCUCUUCACUUCGAGAUGGGGGCCACGACGUUAGACUCGCGAGAUGACCAGAUGAUAUUAGAGAUGCCUGGUCAUUCUAGCCGGCCAGAGGUUGUUGCUAUGGGGAGUACCCAACAACCAACCAUGCAUGCUGCAGAAAGCCCAGCUAUCUCUAUUCCAAACUCCAUCUCUGCCACUGAGGAAGGCAGCGGAUCUACAAGAAACACGAUCUAUAAGUCAAUUUCACCAACUGCGGCCACAGGAGGUUUCCCAACAUUUGAUAACACCUACAACCCAAUCCCACAUAAGCACCCCGAUUACCAUAGGGUCAUUUCCGAGAGCUCAUCGCAUCGAAGUGAAAAGGACGAAUUCCAAGAUAUCUUCUCGGAGCUCAUGACUGGAACUGAACACGAGAUCGCGUUCCUCACUCGACAUUACUCUGAGAUAAUAGGUCCAUGGUUGGAUUUAUCCGAUUCUCAGAAAUUCUUCACCGUCCAUGCUCCUAUUCGAGCCAUCAAUAAUCUGUCCGUGAAGUACGCCAUUGCAGCGUUAGCAGCCAAGCACCUAGCUCGUGUGAAAGGAGUCAAGGCUUCCACGGGUGGAAUGUUCACGAGCCCUGCGACUACGGAAACCUACCCAAAUGCAACUCAAGUUGACUGGUUCCUCAAAGCUGCCAAUUACUAUUACCUGGCAGCUUCAGAUUUGAAUAACAUUACGUCCGAUGGUUAUACCACUGUGUCUAGCUCGGCGGUUUUGGAAUCCCCCUUUGAGAUCGUUGGUCGAUGGAUCAGCUCUGGUCAGACUCAAGCGAACAUGAAUCCCCGGAGUGAAGAUCCAAGCGACGUGGCGGUCAUUCGAAAGACAGAGGAGCUGUUGGCAACUGCUACGCUUCUUACCAUGUAUAGGCUUUUAGAUAUGCCCGGGGACGAGUGGCACAUGCAACUUGCUCGCAUACGUCCUUUGUUUGAAUCUCUUCUCAGUUUACAUUCGGCAACAUCCGCCCUGUUUUCUCAUGGCAUCCAGGCUGCCUUCUGGAAUUUCGCUCGCCAAGACUAUCUCGGUUCUUAUUUCACCCGAUCACCUACACACUUUGACCCGGAGAACCUGCCUCUCUGGCGGGCAGCAGGAAUUUCAAUUAAUAACCAAAAAGACUUUCAUCUUAUCCGGAAUGGGUCAACUCUAUCGCGGGAAGAUCAGGCUGCUAAUGGCUUGAUUUGGCUUGUCACGAAAGUCAUCAAUUUUCUCGCCAGGUCUAAACAAUUACAGCUCGCGCAGUGGACAGGAUCUCCACCGGGAGCUUCACCCGAGAUUCAGGGCACAACAUUAAACGCCACUCAAUUGCCAUAUCCGGACACAGAUACCUGGCUCAAACUGUCUUUCGAGUUUCAAACAUGGUUUGAAAAUGUGCCCGAAACGUUCCGUUCUUCUGUGCGGAUCGAACGCCCCAAGGACAUAUCAAAGACUUCCGAAGGCAGUUACUUGCCAUUCCCUGAAAUCUUUCACAGUUUAACAACCUGUGCUGCUGCCAUGCAACAUUACCAUUUCGGGCGCAUCGCAUUAUUGCUCAAUCGUCCAGCAGAUGUGAUUAGCGCACCAUCUACAGCCUUUGACCGCUUACAAGGGUACCGAGAGGUUACGAAAGAGUCAGCGGCAUUGCACUGGGCCGCCCCCCAGGGUGGAGUACGCAUAUUCAUGGUCCCGCUUCUUGUCGCUGUCGGACAGUGUCUUGAAAAUACUGAGGAACAUCAGAUUAUUGUUGAUCUACUACGGGGCGUUGAGGCUGAUUUAGGUUGGACUACUCAACAUGCUAUUCGGAAACUCCAGGAUUCCUGGAAUCAAUGA